AAAAAAUGAUCGCUUCUCAAAUAUUGAGACCAACUGUGCACACACGUCUUCUUAUAAAAUGCCAGCGAAGAUCACUCCUGUCAUCAGUAACAGUUUGGUUUCGAGAUGUUCACCAAGGCAUUCAUUUUGUUAUUUGUCGGCGCUUGCUUCGCCAAUGGACAGGGUUAUGGUGGAGAGUUCGAUGUUGACCCAAGUGACCAAGAAGUAAGACAAUUGUUGGUGAAAGCAAUCGAUUCUGAGAACGCCAGAACAAACUCAGAACCUCAAAUAGUUGUGAGAGUUGUGAGUGCUGUUGGACAGGUUGUCUCUGGGAACAUAUAUACUAUCACAUAUGUAAGCGAGGGGCUUUAUUCCCGAAACCAAAUUCAGUGCCAGAUCAAAUUGCACAGCCAGCCAUGGGUCAGUGACACACCUAAAGUUGUCAGCAAUCAGUGCGUACCUGUUGAAACCCCCCGUUUCUAUUAAUAUAGUAAGUUCAAUAGCUAUAUUAAUUUAUGAAGAACAUACUUAUAGCAUAUGUUUAUAUAAAGACUAGCCAUUUCCGAGCUUAGCCCUGAUAAAAUUUCGUUAGGCAAUGCGGACAUCCAAACAGACAAAAAUUUUAUUUAAAGUGGAUUGUCUGUAUAUGUAUAAAACGGAAAGACAUCAUGAAACGGGUUGAUUCUAUAUAAUGUAUAGACAAAACCAUUAUUUUAUUUAUAUAGAUGUUCUUUAACCUCUAAACAUAUGUUCAUUACAAACAUUUAUUAUCAAUAUUAAC